AUGGCUACUUCAAUGGGUUCCGGAACAUAUGUAGACCAAGAUGCAUCUGGUGUUUCAAUUGAUAUCGCUAAAAAUCGAGAUAUGAUUGGCUCAUUAUUAUAUUUGACGGCAAGUCGUCGUGACAUUAUGUUUAGUGUUUGUUUAUGUGUUUGUUUUCAAGCUAAUCAAAAGGAAUCUCAUCUCUCUACCGUUAAAAGGAUCAUGAAGUAUCCCAAAGGAACAACUAAUGUUGGUAUAUGGUAUCUAAAACAUAGUGUUUUCAAUUUAAUUGGUUAUUCUAACGCAGAUUAUGCAGGCGGUAAAGUUGAUAGAAAAAGCACAAGUGGAACUUGCCACAUCCUAGGAAAUACACUAGUAUCGUGGGCUUGCAAGAAACAAGCAUGUGUUGCUCUUAGCACUGUAGAAGCAGAAUACAUAGCAGCGGGUAGUUGUUGUACACAAAUUAUUUGGCUUAACCAACAACUUUGUGACUUCAUACUCGAUAUAGGAUGCGUUCCACUACUAUGCGAUUUGAAGGUAAACAUAGAUAAUAAUUUAAUACUUUCACAAAAUGGAAUUGUGAAAUUAAUGAGAAAAUUAUAA